AUGGCUGCGGAACAAAGAAAGCUGCUUGAGCAGCUCAUGGGAGCGGAUCAACUCGUCGGCACAGGAGCGCAAUCCCGCAAUGCGCAACUCGCCAUCACCGACCCGAAAGUCUGCCGUUCCUACCUCGUCGGCACCUGCCCCCACGACCUUUUCACCAACACCAAACAAGACCUGGGCCAGUGCCCGAAAGUGCACAGCGAAGGACUGAAGACGGAAUACGAGGCCGCCUCGGCCGCGGACAAGGCCAAGUGGGGGUUCGACUAUGAUUACAUGCGCGACAUGCAGAAGUACAUCGACGACUGUGACCGACGCAUUGACUCGGCGCAGCGACGGUUGGAGAAGACCCCGGAUGAGAUCCGUCAGACGAAUAACCUGCUAAAACAAAUCGCCGACCUCGCCAACACCAUCAACUCGGGUCUGCUGGAGAUCUCCGUUUUGGGCGAGACGGGCGCCGUGGCGCAGGCCCUGAACGAACUGCACAAGAUCCGCACCGCCAAGCACCAGAAGGAGACGUGCGAGCGCGACCUCAAGAACCUCCAGGACACCUCGGGCCCCUCGGGCCACCAGAAGCUGCAGGUCUGCGAUGUCUGCGGCGCGUACCUGAGUCGCCUCGACAACGACCGCCGCCUGGCCGAUCACUUCUUCGGCAAGAUGCACAUGGGAUACUCGGACAUGCGCAAGACCUUCAAGCGACUCAGCGAGGAGCUCAAGGGCCGACCCCCGCCGGUCCGACACCACGAUGACGAGGACGAUCGUGAUCGGGGCUGGGGCGGUGGUCGCUCCGGGGGCGGUGGCCGCGGGCCUCGCUAUGGUGGUGGCGGCGGCGGCGGUGGUGGGUACAAAAAGCGUGGUCCUCGGUGGUGA